UGAGAUAAAUAUUUGUGGAUAAGAAUCUUCAAUGUAUGCCAUACACACGAAACCCACUAAAAUCAAUGCUAUUCUUUCUUCUUCACUAAUCACAUUACAUGCACCAUGACAUAAUAAUUGGUUUCUAACUAUGUACACUCAACUUGUCUAAGAACCUCGCUUCAACUCAGAUAGUUGAUGAUAACAUUUUCUGGUUGGUUAUCUUUUGUAGUUUUGAAUGAGACAUGUCCUUAUGAUGAUGAUGAUGAUAGUAAUAUAGCUAGUCUUGCAGCCAGAAUCCGAGGCUUUCAGAAGCAGGAGUCAAGAGAGAUUUCUGAGAAUCUGAUCAAAUCUAUUCAUUGUCAUGGAUAGCAGCCAGAAGUGUUAAAGAUAAUCAUCAAGAUGUAUAGAAAUAUUGCCUAUAAUCUUCAACUUUUGGCAAUUCUGAAAUAGGAGCUGAGGCAAUACAAGAACAAUCAAUCAAAAUCAAGCUCUAAUCCAGAAGAAACAUGCGAUGAAUCCCGCUGUCUUAUCUGUAUGGGGAGCAACAGUUGUCAAACGGUUAUUUCAAGAACAAAACUGAUGAGUACUUUGAUCAGAAAAGGGAAACCGCACGAAGCUGUGACCAUCUUCAAUAGUUUGACUGAAGAAGGACAUAAGCCAACUAUUAUAACAUACACAACACUUGUGGCUGCCCUAACGCGUCUAAAGCGUUUCAACUCUAUUCCUUCCCUUCUUUCUAAAGUUGAAGAGAAUGGAGUAAAGCCAGAUUCAAUUCUUUUCAAUGCCAUGAUCAAUGCUUUUUCUGAUUCCGGUAAGGUACAUGAAGCCAUGAAAAUCUUUCGAAAAAUGAAGGAAUGCGGAUGCAAACCAACAACUAGUACUUUUAAUACUCUCAUUAAAGGAUUCGGAAUUGUUGGAAGGCCUCAUGAAGCCAUGAAAUUGCUAGAGAUGAUGAUUCAGGAUGGAAAUGUGAAACCGAAUGAGAGAACAUAUAAUAUUCUCAUCCAAGCAUGGUGUACCAAGAAUGAAUUGGAAGAGGCAUGGAAUGUUAUGCAUAAAAUGGUGAACUCUGGCAUGCAGCCGGACAUUGUCACAUACAACACACUGGCGAGGGCGUUUGCUCAGAAUGGUGAGACAGAUAAUGCGGAAAGGUUGAUAUUGAAAAUGCAGCAGUAUAAUAACAAAGUGAAGCCUAAUGAACGAACCUGCGGUAUCAUAAUACGCGGUUAUUGUAAGGAAGGUAACAUGACAGAAGCCUUGAGAUUUCUAUACAAAAUGAAGGAGCUUGGAGUGCAUCCAAAUCCUGUAGUUUUCAACUCCCUUAUCAAAGGAUAUUUAGACAUUACAGACACAGAUGGAGUAGAGGAGGCAUUGACAUUAAUGGAAGAAUUUGGGAUCAAGCCAGAUGUAGUGACGUAUAGCACCAUCAUGAAUGCGUGGAGUUCAUCGGGGCUUAUGGACAAUUGUGAGGAGAUAUUUGAUGACAUGGUGAAGGCUGAGAUAGAACCGGACAUCCAAGCUUAUAGCAUCCUUGCAAAAGGCUAUGUACGUGCAGGGCAGCCAGAUAAAGCUGAGGCUCUUCUGAAUUCGAUGACCAAAUACGGUUUACAAGCAAAUGUUGUGAUCUUCACUACCAUCAUUAGUGGGUGGUGUGCCGCUGGCAAAAUGGAUUGCGCUCUUAGACUUUACGAGAAAAUGAACGAAAUGGGAACUCCCUUGAAUUUGAAAACAUAUGAAACUUUAAUAUGGGGAUAUGGAGAAGCAAAACAACCGUGGAAAGCAGAAGAGUUACUUGUUACUAUGGAAGAAAGUGGUGUAGCUCCUGAAAUGUCCACCAUCGAGCUGGUCGCAGAUGCUUGGCGUGCCAUUGGUUUUUCUAAAGAAGCCAACAGAAUUCUAAAUGGUUCAGAAGAAGAAUCUGAAUUCGAUGAAAGUUUUGAUAAGAUACCAGGGCAGAGCUUGGAUAGAAUUUAUAAGAAGCAGAAACUUGGUGCUUCUCAAUCUAAUAAUCUACUACAAAUGCCUGAUAUAGUGGUAGCUCAGCCAGAAAGAACUUCUAAUAACGCCAACAUAAAAAGCCAAAUGAUAGUUAAAACAUAUGGCACAGUGCGGAAUGCUACCGUUUCGAUGGUUUUUGUUCGUAAAAAUUCAUAUGGAGUACAGCCAUUGAUUGUAAGUAGGCAUCAAACUCAAAAUCAGAUUAUUAGGCCUUUACUUGACUGUUGCAGAUUAGUGUGAAUACGUUGCUGAGGUGACUUUCAAUUGUGGUUAUCUCGUUGAUUUGUGAUGAAACACAAAAUCAUAUUUUGAAUAUAUUUAUUUGUUUCAUUCAUGUACUUCUGAAAUCAGAAAUUACACUUCAGUUUUGCCAUAGUGGUGUUGUAAAAUUUACUUUCCAAUGAAAUGCACAAGAUGCAAGGCUACAGAAUUGUUUGAUUUGUGUUACUGUGAAUGAAUAUAACCAUUUCAGUCAAA